GUAAGCCUUGUGAAAUUGUCUUAAAGGAUACUGAAUUGUUGUCUUUUUCCCCUAGGUAAUCAGUGAAAAUGGUGAGGUACUCUCUUGAUCCAGAGAACCCCACAAAAUCAUGCAAAUCAAGGGGCUCAAAUCUCCGGGUCCACUUCAAGAAUACCCGGGAAACAGCCCAAGCUAUCAAGGGCAUGCAUAUCAGAAAAGCUACCAAGUAUUUGAAAGAUGUCACAUUGAAAAAACAAUGUGUGCCUUUCCGCCGAUAUAAUGGUGGAGUUGGCAGGUGUGCUCAGGCUAAGCAAUGGGGUUGGACACAGGGUCGGUGGCCCAAAAAGAGUGCCGAGUUCUUGCUGCAUAUGCUUAAAAAUGCAGAGAGUAAUGCAGAGCUGAAGGGUUUGGAUGUGGAUUCUCUUGUCAUUGAGCAUAUUCAGGUUAACAAGGCCCCCAAAAUGCGACGGCGUACUUACAGGGCUCAUGGUCGAAUCAACCCAUACAUGAGUUCUCCUUGCCACAUUGAGAUGAUCCUUACUGAAAAGGAACAAAUUGUUCCUAAACCAGAAGAGGAAGUUGCUCAAAAGAAAAAGAUAUCCCAAAAGAAAUUGAAGAAGCAAAAGCUUAUGGCACGAGAGUAAAUAUGACAGUGCAAAUAAAAGUGAAAUGAAAUGUUUUAACACCAAAAAAAAUUUUUUUAAGUAUUAUCCUUACGUCGAAAUGUUGUACAUGUGUGUGUGGUUUUUUUUAAGGUUUUCUCAAGUUUUGUUGUUAUAUGAUAGAACAUUGAAUUUGAGAGGUAAACUUGAGGGUUGCAACUUGA